GAUGCGCCAAAGUUCACAUGCUCAGCAACGGGGCCCUUUUGUUCUUCCUGGUGUUGAUCGAAGCCCACGUUGGCGGAACGAGCUUUGAUCUAGAUGUUCUUCAGGUUAAUUGAUAAUGUUUGAAGCGAAACUGACAUUUUAGUGCGCAGGUCUUACAAUAUGCAUUCAGCCUGUGGGGUGGGCACUAGACUAGCCUGGUACUUCAAACUCCUACAUAGCUAGCACGUCCAAAUCUAAAUCAUUAAAACACGAAGGGAUCACCACGGAAACAAAACAAAAUAGCUGGAUUGUCGACAACGGGGGUCUGUUUAAACAUCGGUCUUCAGCGAAAAAUACCGCGUGUUUCCCCGUGGAAUGAGUGUUCCAUGCAGCAUCCUAGGUAUGAAUGACGUUGCCUGGCAGGAGACACGAGGCGGGAUGCUGCACGCCAACGGGGCGCCUGACGCACCUGGCGGCGGAGUGAGGGUUCCGGUGCAGGGCCACGCCCCCGGCACACACCCCCUGCAGGGCAUGGACAGAGGAGGAGGGGCCAACCCGGCGCCGGGCCCCGGUACGCCUCAGCCGCCCCUCAGCGGGCGCUCCCAAGACGACGCCACGGUGGGCUACUUCUUCCAGAGGCAGCCGGGGGAACAGCUGGGCACCAGCAAACACCGCUGGCCCACCGGGGACGGGAACCACGUCGACCAGGUGCGGGCGGUGGAUGAGAUGAACUAUGAUUUCCAGGCUCUGGCUCUGGAGUCCCGCGGGAUGGGAGAGCUGCUGCCAGCUAAGAAGUUGUGGGAAUCAGACGAGCUGCCUAAAGACGGGAGGAAAGGGAUGCUGCUGGGAGAGGAGUGGAGAGACAACGCCUGGGGGCCCUCUCACCACUCCGUGUCCCAGCCCAUCAUGGUGCAGCGGCGUCCAGGCCAGGGUUUCCAUGGUAACGGUGAUGCGAGCUCGGUGCUGUCUCCGCGCUCGGAGGGCGGUGGCCUGGGGGUCAGCAUGGUGGAGUACGUACUCAGCUCCUCCCCCGGGGACAAGAUGGACGCCAGAUACCGCAACGGAGGAUUCGGCGGGGGCGACGCGGACCCUGACAGCCGUGACAAAGGAGACCCCAAAGACAAGACGUCGCCCUUCGAGGAGGACAAGGGCGCGGAGAUGAAGGGGGGAGAGGAGGGCGACGCCUCCAAGGCCAACGGAAGAGGACUGCUCAACGGCAUGGACCGAGACUGCAAAGACUUCAACCCGACCCCCGGUAGCAGGCAGGCGUCCCCUACGGAGGCGGUUGAGCGCCUGGUUCCGACCCAGAGUGGUCUGGAGAUGAUGGGUCACCAGCACGCCCUGCAGGCCGCUGCCAACGCCGCCGCUGCUGCUGCUGCUGCUGCUGCCGCCGCCGCCGCCGCCGCGGCCAACAAGCCCCAACAGGCCCCGGAGGACUUCCAGGGGCAGGACCAGCAGGGCAUGGGGGGCAUGGAGCAGCAGGGAGGGGUGGAGGCACUCCAGUUCGACUACGCAGGAAACCAGAUCCAGGUGGACUCAUCCGGCACCCCCGUCGGACUCUUCGACUACAACUCCGGACAACAGCUGUUCCAGAGGUCGAGCCACCUGACUGUCCAACAGCUGACGGCCGCCCAGCAGCAGCAGUACGCCCUCGCAGCAGCCCAACAACCUCACCUGGGCCUUGCUCCAGCGUUUGUGCCAAACCCGUACAUCAUUAAUGCCCCUCCUGGUGCCGACCCCUACACUGCCGCCGGCCUGGCCGCAGCCGCCACCCUCGCAGGCCCUGCCGUGGUGCCCCCACAGUACUAUGGGGUCCCGUGGGGCGUGUAUCCAGCCAACCUCUUCCAGCAACAGGCUGCAGCAGCCGCCAAUCACAAUGCUAACCAGCAGGCGUCCAAUCAGGGCCCGGGACCAGGACAGCCACAGGUGAUGCGUGCGGGCUCCAACCAGCGCCCUCUGACCCCGGGCCAGGGAGGCCAGAGCCAGCAGGAGUCUCUAGCUGCAGCAGCCGCCGCCAACCCUGCCCUCGCCUUCACUAGCAUGCCAGGUUACCAGGUUCUGGCUCCUGCUGCCUACUAUGACCAGACGGGGGCGCUGGUGAUGGGUCCGGGGGCGCGGACGGGCCUCAGUGGGCCGGUACGGCUGGUGCAGACGCCUCUCCUCAUCAACCCUGCUGCCGCACAGGCCGCUGCGGCGGCGUCUGCGUCCGGCUCCGGUAACAGCAUGUCCGGGCCGGCUAACGGGCUGUACCGCUCGAUGGGUUGCCAGCCGCAGCCUCAGCAGCCUCAGCCCCAGCCGCAGCAGCAGGCUCCUCCUCCUCAGCAGAACACCGGCCUCCCCUCCUCCUCCUUCUACGGCUCCGGCUCCGUGGCCCCCACCUCCUCCCAGAGCUCCUCCCUCUUCUCCCACAACCCCUCGGCCGGCGGUCCCCAGGGCCCCCCCCCUCAGGGGCCCCCCACCUCCUCGCUGGGAUUCGGCAGCACCGCCGGCUCCCUGGGCGUCGGCCUCGGCUCCGCGCUGGGCGGCUUCGGAUCCUCAGUGGGUAGUUCCAGCAGUAGUAGUGCGUCUCGUCGUGACUCCCUGCUGCCCUCGUCUGACCUGUAUAAGCGUGGCGGGGGGAGCAGCUUGACCCCCAUUGGUCAGCCCUUCUACAACAGCCUGGGCUACUCCUCCUCCCCCAGCCCCAUCGGCCUCACCCCUGGACACUCCCCCCUCACACCUCCGCCCUCACUCAACUCCUCCCACGGAUCCUCCUCCAGCCUGCCCCUCGGCGGGUUGACCAAUGGCAGUGGCCGCUACAUCUCUGCGGCGCCGGGUGCGGAGGCUAAGUAUCGGAGUGCGGGGGGCGGCGGGGGGGCGUCGAGCCUCUUCAGCUCCAGCAGUCAGCUGUUCCCGCCCUCCAGCCGCCCGCGCUACAGCCGCUCCGACGUCAUGCCCUCCGGACGCAGCCGGCUCCUCGAGGACUUCAGGAACAACCGCUUCCCCAACCUGCAGCUGCGGGACCUGCCCGGACACAUGGUGGAGUUCAGCCAAGACCAGCACGGAUCCAGGUUUAUUCAGCAGAAGUUGGAGCGUGCGUCUCCUGCCGAGCGUCAGAUGGUGUUUGGGGAGAUCCUACAGGCGGCCUACCAGCUCAUGACCGACGUCUUCGGAAACUACGUCAUCCAGAAGUUCUUCGAGUUUGGCAGUGCGGAUCAGAAGCUGGCGUUGGCGACUCGUAUCCGAGGGCACGUGUUGCCGUUGGCGCUGCAGAUGUACGGUUGCCGUGUCAUCCAGAAGGCGCUGGAGUCCAUCUCCUCCGACCAGCAGGUAAUUAGUGACAUCGUGCGGGAGCUGGACGGCCACGUGUUGAAGUGUGUGAAGGAUCAGAACGGGAACCACGUGGUGCAGAAGUGUAUCGAGUGUGUCCAGCCACAGGCACUGCAGUUCAUCAUCGACGCCUUCCAGGGACAGGUGUUUGUGUUGUCCACCCACCCGUACGGCUGCCGUGUGAUCCAGCGUAUCCUGGAGCACUGCACUCAGGAGCAGACACUGCCCAUCCUGGAGGAGCUGCACCAGCACUCAGAGCAGCUGGGACAGAAGUAUCAAGGCGUUUCAUUGGAGAUGACACACAAAACAUAUCACACAGGGUCCAGCGAUGCGCUCUUCAAGGACCAGUAUGGUAACUAUGUGAUCCAGCACGUGUUGGAGCACGGCCGGCCAGAGGAUAAGAGCAAGAUCGUAGCCGAGGUGCGCGGCAAAGUCCUGGCCCUCAGCCAACACAAGUUCGCCAGCAACGUGGUGGAGAAGUGUGUGAUCCACUCGUCUCGUGCGGAGCGAGCGCUACUGAUCGACGAGGUGUGCUGCCAGAAGGACGGCCCCCACAGCGCCCUCUACACCAUGAUGAAGGACCAGUACGCCAACUACGUAGUGCAGCGCAUGAUCGACAUGGCCGAGCCCGCGCAACGCAAGAUCAUCAUGCACAAGAUCCGGCCCCACAUCGCUACGCUGCGUAAGUACACGUAUGGGAAGCACAUCCUGGCCAAGCUGGAGAAGUACUACAUGAAGAGUGGCGCCGACCUGGGGCCCAUCGGGGGGCCCACCAACGGCCUCAUGUAGGGGCCCCAUGGGGGGGGGCAUAACCCCCCACCCAACGGUCCCAUCAGGGGACUGUACGCCCCACCCAACGGCCCCAUCAGGGGCUUCAUACCUAGACUUCUCCAAUACCCCCACCCCACCCAACCACGUCACCACCCCUCAUCACCCCCCAACCCCCUGUAAUAACCAUCCCCCUCCCCCCUCCUUUCUACCACCGCCACCUCCUCCGGUUACUAGCUCUAUAAAGGGGCACUCAGCUCCUCUACGUUCAACAGGGCGUCUCCAAGACGCACUCAGUUGCUCCUCUGUUAGGGUGGAGGGAAUUACCAAAAGAGAGAUAAGAGGAGGAGUAGGAGGAGGAGGAAUUGAAUAUAUAUAUAUAUAUAUAAGUGGAGUAGGAGUUGAAUAUAUAUAUAUAAGAGGAGGAGUAGGAGUUGAAUAUAUAUAUAUAUAAGUGGAGGAGGAGGAGUUGAAUAUAUAUGAAUAUGAAUAUAAG